UAAGUUUAGAAGGCAGCCAAACUCAGAAGUUCCUUGAAUAAGUUAUAUCCCUACCACCUUUAUUUUCCUCCUCUGUUAGAGGCAUUCCACACAGGAACCGGGCUCACAUUGUUUGAUGGCCACGGACGUUUCCAGAGUGGCUGGGAGGGUCGAAAGCUUUUUCCGCUCUUUGUUACAAAUUUUUUUUUUUUUCCUUCCUUCUUCCAACUUUUCAUUUAAAGAAUAUUGCCAGGGCGUUCCAGCACUAAACCAGGCUGCGCUUCGGAGAGGAGAACAAGAGACAGGUGUAACUGGGUGGGAAAAAAGCCCACAAUGCUUGUGAAGGUUUUGCUCAUCUGUAACACAAUAGGAUUGGCAAAGCUGGCCAGGCACAUCGACCACCAUGGCUAUCACGAUGUUCUAAUGCACAGCUCAAAGUCACAGAACCACAAGACCCCCACACACCCGGAGAGGACUCUGCUGCAUGAGGAAGAAGGCUCCUGGGAGGCAGCAGGGCGCCGGGCGGACGUGGCAGACUACCCUGCGAGUAUCUCCUACCCACACCAGGGAGAAACAGAGCAGCUGGAAGCUGCGAGCCCACCGUCCCGAAGUGGGAACUGGUGUUCUUUCAUGCAGUCUCGUCUUGUAACAUAUAUUGAAGCCUGCAUGAAGGAGAAGUACAUUGUCAACUCCCAGCAGCCCUGCCCAAACGGAGCUCCAGAUUGCCAGAAGAUCAUGUACAGGACAGCCCUGAAGCCGGUCUAUCAAGUGAAACAGAAGGUUUUGAAGUCUUUGCAGUGGAAGUGCUGCCCUGGAUUUAUUGGGAAGGAUUGUGAACAUCGUGAUCCUAAUUUCAUUCCAGUGCCAGGAAAUCAAACCGAAGGAUGGCAAGAAGAAGAGUUCUCAAACCACAUGUCAACACCAGUGGAUUCAAGAGAGCUGCUGGAAGUCAUUCAAAAUCAGGAGGCAUUACUGGAUGAUCUUCAAAGUGAUAUUCAUCAAGCAGUCAGCAACUUAGGUGAUUUACAGAGAAUAUUUGAAAACAACGGUACAAGCAUGGUGUUAGAAGUGAACCAGAGCAAUGAAGAUUUUCAGGAAAGGCUUCUGCGGCAAGUUUUGUUUCCCCAUGUGGAGAAUUUUCUAAGGAAACAUUUGAACCCAGUGUGGGCAAGCUUCAACAGAAGCUUACAGAACCUCUCCAACAUAGUAAGAAAUCUGUCCCAUGACGUGGAAACCAACAAGAAAAGCAUAGAAAGAUUCCAAGAGAGCAGUGUGCCUAAAAAAGAAUUCCAGGAGCUGGGAACUAAGUUUGAAUCUAAAGUCCAGGAAAAUGUGGUGAAAGUUGAUCAAAUAAAAAGGGAUAUAGAGAAUCAAUUGCAAAUGCAGCAGGCUAGUAUUCAGCAUAACCUCACUGUAAUCAGGGCAGAUACAGACACAAGGCUGAAGAAGUAUCACAAGAUACAGCAGUCCCAUUACUUAGCUUUAAACAACAACAUAACAACUAUGAAACAUGAGCAAAACAAUCUUGAAAAUAAAUUUGAGGCUUUGAAAAAAAAUUUAACAGAGCUCUCCUCACAUCAUGGUCCCAAAGAUGAAACUACACAGUUAGCCAUCAGACAAAUAAAUGACAUGCUGGCAGGGCAUGCAAAACAGCUUAAAGAACUUUACAUGGAGUCAGAUGUGGCCUUUCAGAAUAUUGCAGUCCUUGAGAAAUGGUUUAAGGAGUUAAAAAAAAAUAUCUCAAAGUAUAGGCCUGAUGAUCUUACAAUAACUUUAAUGGAGAAAUCAGAUCUUAUUGAAGAAAAUAAAGCAGCAAUGGAAAGGCAGAUAUCAGAGAUGAACGAUACUCUCUCAAAUCUUCAGGAAAACUAUUCAGAUCUGUUGAGAUAUAUGGAGGAAUGUAAUUGCCAGAAGAUACCUUCUGACACCAAUAUGCUUGAGGAAGAUUUAAAGAACAUCACUUAUUCCCUUGAAGGCCAACAAACAAAGGAUAUGAAGCAGUUAGAGUCGGUUUUCAAAGAUCUCUUGAGGAAUGAAAUUGAAGAGCUCUCCUCAGCCUUUCCAUUUAUCCAUCAGUCCCUUAACCUCCGUCAAGAAGAAAACAGACAGAUUCAGUUGCAAGUUGCAUCUUUUUCAGAAGACAUAGGCCUCUUGAAGAAGAAAGAUGAAGAAAUUCAUAGACACAUCAAAUACCUCAACAGCUCCUUCGGCUCACUUUUAGAAGACGCCAUGCGGCACGAAGCUGCACUGGAGGCUUUACUGGGAGAAGAGUUUAUGGAAGUCCUAUUUGAAGAAGAUCCUAGUACCCUAAUAUCAUCAGUAGUACAGCUGCAAGAAUUUCUGAAAGAGAUCUCAAAUAAACUCCAAAAUCAAAAUAUGACUUUAGAAUCUCUUUUAAAGAAAUUUCAUCUCUUGGAGAGAGGACAACAGCAUAAUCGUGAUGUUCAUGUAUCUUCAAAGCGUCCCAAACAGGAAACUCAAACACUGUCUACCUUGGAUGAAGUUAAUCAACGCAGCAGCGUAGAACAUAUGGAACCUAGCUAUGAGGCUCCCAAAGAUGACUCCUUGCAUAGCUCAACAUAUAAUGACAUAAUGACUCUGAAGAAUGACAUCAAAUACCUGAGUCUGGCAAUCAAGAGGCAUGAAUCCAGAAAUGACAUGAGUAUCUGCUGCAAUCAUACCAUUGCAAAUGUAGUAGAGCCACUCAACGUUUCUGUAGAAAUUAUAUCAGGAGAUUUAGCAACAAUUAAAGAGAAGCUGGAAAAACAUCUGCUGAUUUUCAAAAAGCUAUUUGGAAGCAAUGAAGAAUUACUUGCCUCAAAUAUAAGUCUGGAUGUUGCAAAGAUUCAGUCAAUGCUUACCAGAAAAGUGAGAAGGCAAGAGAAAGGUCAAGACAAGCAAAGAGACAAAAAAGCGCCUGAGAAGCAGAGAGAAAAUACACAGGUAGUAAGUGGAAGAAAUAGAGUGCAGACUGAACUGCUGGAAAAAGACCCAUCAGUAGCAUUCUAUGUGGGAUUCUCAGACAGAAAAGAUAAAGAAAAAACUCUGAGAUUUAAUGAAACGUACCUCAGUUAUGGAAACAGCUAUUUCCCUGAACAUGGCUACUUCAAAGCACCGCACAAAGGUGUCUACCUGUUUUUCAUCUCUGUGGAGUUUAGUUCAGGACCAGCACGAGGACAACUCUCCUUUAGCCGUGGGUACAAAAGAACUCUCUCAAGUAGUCAGAGGAAGACACCAAAUGGAAAUACCGUAACUUCUUUUGCUAUGGCAGAAAUGGAAAAGGGAGAGAAAGUAUGCUUCGAAUUGCUGCAGGGCACUGUAGUGAAACAGAGUCCACCUGGGACAACAAUGGGUGGAUUCCUACUAUUUAAAACUUGAACAGUAACACUGUGUUUUACUGAUAUUUUUUCCAUAGAUACAAUGGAUCGAUUCACUAUUGCUUCAUCUGUGAUGUAUUCAAUCCUACUGCAUGUGUUUAAACAUAGCACUACUCUAGGUUUGUCUUCAUGCUUCUUUUCUGGAAGUGUUUGGCUUUUAAUUAGUUGCUAAUGAGCAGCAAGGGGUUUUCAAGCGAUGACUUAAUGGUUUGGAUUCCAAACAUAUCAAUACACAUUCUCAAAUCCUUCCACAGGGAGAAUUGCACCUAAUUAGAACAUAUGCUUCGCAGGGCUUUCUUCACUUACAACUCAUUUCUCUUUUCCCCUUUCUCCUGAGACCCCAUCUGGAGUACUGCAUUCAGUGCUGGGACCCCCCCACACAAGGAAGACAUGGAUAUCUUGUAGCAUGUCCAGAAGAGGGCCACAAAGACCAUAAGAGAGCUUGAGCAUCUUUCGUAUAAAAAAGCCUGAGAGAGAUGAGGUUGUUUAGUCUACAGAAGAGAAGGCUCUAGGGAGACCUCAUAGCCAUCUUCCAGUAUCUAAAGGGGCCUACAGGAAAUCUACAGAGGGACUCUUUAUCAAGGGGUACAGUGGCAGGAUAAGGGGUAACAGCUUUAACCUAAAAGGGGGUAGAUUUAGAUAAACAAUAGGAAGAAAUUGUUUACUCAGAGGGUAGCAAGGCUCUUGAACAGGUUGUCCGGAGAAUCUGUGGAUGCCCCAUCCCUGGAAGCAUUCAAGGUCAGGCUGGAUGGGGCUUUGGGCAAUCUGGUCUAGUAGUUGGCAACCCUGUCCACAGCAGGGGAGCUGGAACCAGAUGACCUUUAAGGUCUCUUCCAACUCAAACCAUUCUAGGAUUCUAUGAAAAAAGAACUCUUCCUGUGGCAAAUAUCUCCAUCACCGUCAAGGAAAAACAUUUAAGACUAUAUAAUGACAUUUUUAAGUGGUUGCUCAAAACCAAGAAGCCAGGACAAUUUUACUUUUCUGUUCUCUGUGGACCAGGCAGACUGUCUUGAAAACUUCUGCAAUUCACUCUAAUUCAGCAUUUCAGUCGGUAUGUAACACAAACACUAGAAAAAAAAAUCAAUCAAAUCCAAUAAGAUGCACCCUCCCUGUACAACCAUUUGUAAGCAAGGAUCUUUGAAGCAGCCCAGCCUUCCUCCUUCUACACCUGGUAUAUUUCAACAACACUGCAAAACUUAAUAGUAACAUAACAUUGUUAGGAUGUAUUAGAUAUACAUUCCUAAUGUAGACAUUAAGAAUAUGUCAACAAUAAUAAAAAAAUAUUGUUGAAAAUGUGGUUUAUUCCUACAGAUAUUCCUGAAGAACGUUGUGAAUACAGCUCAGACAGCCCAACAUUUAGUAGUUUAAAAUCGAGUGAGUGAGCAAACUAAAUUGACAGCAAGUAGACAAGCUCAUUGGCCUACUGUCAUUGUUGACUAUAAAAUAAAUUUAUAAUUAGGGGAAAGCAAAGAGUAGGAUUUCUGAACAAUGAAGGUUUGAGUUUCCAAAAAAAAUCUCAAAAUGACCACGUCUGGACACGUCCUAAAUUCUUCUUCUGUCAAAUGAAGCAUCUCCAAAGGUGCUCAUUUUAAAGUUCAGUUAUUCUUUGUUUUCGCUAAUGUGUUACAAAACAAUAUAAAAACAAUUAAAUUUGGCAAAAUGAAAUGCAUUUUAAAAUUCCCAAUGCUUUUGAUGAAAAAGAUGCAUUCCUAACAUGUAUUUUAUGUCCUGUUAAGAUAGUGUUUUCUGACAGAAAAAUAUCUUGCUGUUAAGAAUUUUUCUCCCCACCUAUUUGUAUUCUGAAUGACACUAUACUACAGGAUAGUUAAAAAGCACCAGUACCAAUUCCCACUACACUUAAGACAACAGUUUUGCAAGCAUCUUUUGAGACUAUGAAGUGGUUUUAGCUACUGACUUGCUGAUAAGAUUGUUACUCUCCUUCUGGAUAAAGACAACAACGCAAAUAAAGAUCUAAAAACUAGUAUGAUUAAAUCCCUUCUACUGAUUCAGAAACAGAGGGCCACAGAAGAAGACACAGAAAUUCAGCAUCUAUGGAAAGAGAAAAUGCCAUUUCUGACCUAAUUAGCAGUUUAGGUCCUCCUGCCUACUCCUAGCCAGUGCUCCCAUUCACAGGAGACUAACUGGACAAAUCUCCCCAUCUGCCCAGCAUGGAGUCAGUCCACGCACUGCUCUGCAGUAGGCAGCAUUGGCUGUCCAGGAGCUCAGUCAUCUUCUGCCCCACAGAUUACUAAAAUAUCUGAGGGAAGAAAGAGAAGAAAAAUGGGAAGAGGUGAAAUGUCAACAAGGAAGAAAACCAUCAAUUUGUACAACUGGAUUCUGCUAGUAAAAAGCUAUCAUACGGAGGUGACCCAGCCAUUUUUUUUUUACCAGUUGUCCAGCUAUGGGCUAUUGCACUGGUAGCAUUCUACAGUGCAAAGUGUGCUGUCUAGGUCAAGAGACUGUAAGGACCUCCUCGGUUCCAGCGCACACCAAUUCUGCAGCUACCAACCAAGUGCUAUAGUUAAAUACAUCAAGGGAAUAUAUUUAUGUAUUCAAAUGUACUUGCUUGUUUUUAAGGCUUUGAUAGAAAACUUCAAUUGGAAUGAAAACUAUGCAGCUACUUGGAAAGAGACAAGGAAGGUAGUAGCUUAGCAGGGAACAGAGAAAGGCCUGUGUGUGUGAUCUCUGCUCCUAGCAGUUCUCCCAGGCAGGUUUUUACAAGUUUGGUAUUGCCAUGCUUACCAGAGUUUAUUUUUGUUGAAGAAUAAGCCAGACAAGAUCAGAGAUUGACUCCAGAGUGAAUAUAGUGUUAAUAUAAAGACAUUCAUAUUUGUAUUCUUUAAAUAUGUGUUUAAGUUAACCAUCUGCAUACACAAAGAAGGGAAAAUUGACUGGAAAACUUUCAUUUUUACAUUCUGAAGUAAAAACUUUAGGAAGGAUAAUGGAUUCAAGCAUUCCAUUGGCAGAAUAAGCCAGGAAGUUUGGCUUCCUUCCUAAGUGAUGAGGGGUUUUUGUUUGUUUGUUUUGUUUUUAAUACACACCUAGCGAGCACUAUCAUCAACAUGACUCUUAUAUUUAAAAAUUCUUUCCAGCUUCUCCUAGUACUUCCCAAAAACUGCCAGAAAAUUUUGCCAGUAGCUCAAAUCUCCAAAUCAAACAAAAAAGCUUUAAAAAAAAUUAAAAUAAAAACAAAAAAAAGCCAUGCCCUGUAUAUUCCAACAUCUUUGCAAGAUUGUUUUGUUACUGAAGUUUGACCUACUUUAUGAACAUACCUUAAAGUGCUUUGCAUUUUAAAAUUAAAGCUUCUUAAUCUUUUUCCCAU